GCGCCGUGUCCAGCAGAGGGCCCUGCCCAGCCCCUGGCCGGCUGGGUGGGAGGGAGUCUACUGGAGCGGGCUGGUGAUGCCAGACGCCUGACUGGAGGAGCACCAACCGGCCAGCUGCCUCUCUCCAGUCAGCCCAGCUCUUGGGUCCCUCGCCCUCACCUGUUCUUCGGGGGGCAGCUGCUUCCUUCUCGUCCGGCCAUGUGGCGGCUGAGGCCGCUGGCCAUCUCUCUUGCCGUGGUAUUGGCUGUGGGGCUGAGCAGAGUCUCUGGGGGUGCCGCCCUGCCCUCGGGCCGGCACAGGGCGGAGGCCCAGGAGCAGCAGAGCCGGUCCAAGAGAGGCACCGAGGAUGAGGAGACCAAGGGGGUGCAGCAGUAUGUGCCCGAGGACUGGGCCGAGUACCCCCGGCCCAUCCACCCAGCUGGCCUGCAGCCCACCAAGCCCUUGGUUGCCACCAGCCCUGACCCAGACAAGGACGGGGGCGCCGCGGGCAGCGGCCAGGAGCCUCGGGGCAAUCUGACAGGGACGCCGGGCCAGAGGCUGCGGAUUCACAACCCCCUGUACCCGGUGACUGAAAGCUCCUACAGCGCUUACGCCAUCAUGCUCCUGGCCCUGCUGGUGUUUGCCGUGGGCAUCGUGGGGAACCUGUCGGUCAUGUGCAUCGUCUGGCAUAGCUACUACCUGAAGAGUGCCUGGAACUCCAUCCUGGCCAGCCUGGCCCUCUGGGAUUUUCUGGUCCUCUUUUUCUGCCUCCCCAUCGUCAUCUUCAAUGAGCUCACCACGCAGAGGUUGCUGGGUGACGCCUCUUGCCGGGCCGUGCCCUUCCUGGAGGUCUCCUCGCUGGGAGUCACCACGUUCAGCCUCUGUGCCCUGGGCAUCGACCGUUUCCACGUGGCCACCAGCACCCUGCCCAAGGUGAGGCCCAUCGAGCCAUGCCAGUCCAUCCUGGCCAAGCUGGCCGUCAUCUGGGUGGGCUCCAUGAUCCUGGCCGUGCCCGAGCUCCUGCUGUGGCAGCUGUCGCAGGAGCCUGCCCCCACCGUGGGCACCCUGGACUCGUGCAUCAUGAAACCGUCGGCGAGCCUGCCCGAGUCGCUGUACUCGCUGGUCAUGACCUACCAGAACGCCCGCAUGUGGUGGUACUUCGGCUGCUACUUCUGCCUGCCCAUCCUCUUCACCGUCACCUGCCAGCUGGUGACGUGGCGCGUGCGGGGCCCCCCGGGGAGGAAGCCGGAGUGCCGCGCGGGCAAGCACGAGCAGUGUGAGCGCCAGCUCAACAGUACCGUGGUGGGCCUGACCGUGGUCUACGCCCUCUGCACCCUCCCCGAGAACGUCUGCAACAUCGUGGUGGCCUACCUCUCCACGGAGCUCACGCGCCAGACCCUAGACCUGCUGGGCCUCAUCAACCAGUUCUCCGCGUUCUUCAAGGGAGCCAUCACGCCCGUGCUCCUGCUGUGCGUCUGCAGGCCGCUGGGCCGGGCCUUCCUGGGCUGCUGCUGCUGCUGCUGCGGGCAGUGCAGUGCCCCCGAGGCCUCGGCCGCCGCCGGCUGCCCGGACCACACGCUCAAGACCGAGAUGCCCUCCUCCAUCUACUUCCACAAGCCCAGGGAGUCACCCCCGCUCCUGCCCCUCGGCACGCCUUGCUGA